UUUCAGAGAAAGGAAGAAGAUUAUGCUGAGCUAAAAGAGAAACUGGUUGAUGCCAAAAAGCAAAUUGAACAAGUACAGAAAGAGGUAUCUGUAAUGCGCGAUGAGGAGAAAUUACAGAGGCUUAAGAUUAAUGAACUGGAGAAAAAGAAAAACCAGUAUUCACAGGAAAUAGAUAUGAAACAACGAACUAUUCAACAACUCAAGGAACAGUUAAGUAUUCAGAAAAUGGAAGACACCAGACAACAAUAUGAGGAAAUGUGCAAAGAACUAAAUAUUAAAGAGAAAAUUAUUAACGACAUGCGAAUGACACUGGCAGAACAAGAGCAAACUCAAGUAGAACAAGACCAGGUACUGGAAGCUAGAUUAGAAGAAGCUAAUUGGCUGACCACAGAAUUGGAAAAAUGGAAGGAAAAAUGCAAAGACCUAGAAACCAAAAAUAAUCAACGGCCAAAUAAUGAUGAGGAUAACUCUGAUGUCCUUAAUAUAAAGCUCUGUAAGCUUCAUGAUGAGUUACAGGAAGCUGAAGAUAAAUAUAAAGCUGACAGAAAGAAAUGGCUAGAAGAAAAAAUGAUGCUUAUAACACAAGCAAAAGAAGCUGAGAAUCUGAGAAACAAAGAGAUGAAGAAGUAUGCUGAAGAUAGAGAGCGUUGUUUAAAGCAACAAACUGAAGUGGAAAUACUGACCUCACAGUUGGCAGAGAAAAAUAAUGACCUUCAAAAAUGGAGAGAAGAGCGGGAUCAGCUGGUUACAGCUUUAGAAAUACAGCUGAAAGCACUGAUCUCCAGUAAUACACAGAAAGAUCAUGAAAUUGAACAACUGAAAAAGUUUACAUCAGAACUUUCUGAAAUAGAAAAACCACCCACAGAUCUCCAGCCUAGACGUAAUAGUUCCACAGAACCUGGCAUCACUGAAACUGAAAAUCAGCCGACAAGUUUUGAAAUUCCUAGGAGUGCAUCAGAGGAUGGAUCUUUAGUUCUCGAUUCAUGUGAAGUAUCAACAGAAAAUGAACCCAGUACUCGAUUUCCAAAACCUGAAUUAGAGAUUCAGUUUACACCUUUACAGCCAAACAAAAUGGCAGUGAAACAUCCUGGUUGUGCCACACCAGUGACAGUUAAGAUUUCCAAGGCUCGAAAGAGGAAGAGUAGCGAAAUGGAUGAGGACUUGGUGAAAUGUGAAAAUAAAAAGAACGCUACACCUAAGUUCCUAGGAAUUCCUAGAAAUUCUCCUGUCAAAAAGGAACAAAAGGUUUCCAUGCGUCCAUCGUCUAAGAAAACAUAUUCUUUACGGAGUCAGGCACCCUCAGUUAGUGUAAACUUAUCCACUAAGAAAAAAGAAGGAACACUACAGAAAUUUGGAGACUUCUUACAACACUCUCCAACAAUUCUUCAGUCAAAAGCAAAGAAGAUAAUAGAAACAAUGAGUUCGCCAAAGCUCUCAAAUGUAGAAGCAAGUAAAGAAAAUAUGUCUCAACCAAAAAGAACCAAAAGGAAAUUGUACACAAAUGAAAUUUCAUCUCCUAUUGAUAUUUCUGGCCAAGUGAUUUUCAUGGAGCAGAAAGUAAAGGAGAGUGAUCACCAGAUUCUCAAACGACGACUUCGAACAAGAAUAGCCAAAUAACAAACUUUUGGGGCAAUGUCUUAUGUAAAUUUCAUAAUCAUAAUGACUGUAACUUGUAAUAUACAGAUAACUAUAUUAUGAUACAUUUGAUCCCUCUGUACAGAAAUUGUUUUAUAUAGCCUAAUUUUAAUUCAAUAAA